CACAAACAACAUGGUGGAUCAGCUGUUUUCGUUUUUCUCGGACUUUAAUUUGUUUUCGUAAAAACGCCGAAUGUUAUGGUCCCCUAACCAUGUGUGAAUUAAAAUGGGCUCAAUCGCAUCGGUGCUGCAAUGGCAUUGUCAGACUUGCGGCCAGAUCAAUCCUACGGAAAGUGUUAAGUGCCUAAGAUGUGGUUUAAAGAGAGUAUCAAGUCAUGACAGUGGCCCUCCGAAGCAAUAUUUUGGAGAAGAUUCUUCGCCGGAAUACGGUUCUAGGACUGGAAAAAGCGAGGGAACUACUCCUGGCUCGGAACCGAUUGCGAUCCCGUCAACAAACAACCUUAAUCGCGGAUGGUCGUGCGUGGGGUCUGCGCCGGACGCGAGUCGUGCGUGGCGCUGCGCGUGCGGCCUGCGCAACGUGUCUGCGGCGUGGCGCUGCGCCGCCUGUGACGCGCUCGCUCCGCACGCGCCUGUCUAUAAAUUGUCGGAUGAUGAAGACCAAGCUACAGGAAUGACGGAGAAAGAUAAGUCUGCCAAAGAUAACACUAUGAUAAGAUCCAACACCUUGGCAGUCCCGUCGUAUAAGCCUUCAGCCAGUUAUUCUGGAGGUCGCCGUCUAAACCUGCAGCUUCAAUCAUUGCGCUUGUCUCCAACUCAGAUAACCGACCAGGCACAUGGAGUAACCAGGUCCCUUUCCCACGGCUCGGUCAUAAACUCCCAACAGCAGUGGUGGAAUGUUGAAGAGAACCGCGGAACCAUCAAUCGGCCGAACAGUCUCAUGGUCUCUGAGAGAUACGGGUAUUCAAACGCCUAUAAUCCAAGGGAGUCUUUCCUAAGAAGUUUGCAUACCGUGACGCGAAAACCCAAAAAGUGCAGUGAGAGUAAAUCUAAUUGGGAACUGAAUUACGUCAAGGAAUACCAAAAAGAACAAAGUAAAGCUCUGCAUUUGAAGAAGUGGGCUUGCAGUAAAUGUACUUUGGAGAAUUCAGGGAUCAGGACUCAUUGUGAAGCUUGUCUGUCGCCUAGAGUGUCGCAGUUGUCAAGGAUUCCUAAUACAAGAGGACUUAGCGUGACCACUUUGGGUAGACAUGACACUAUAAGUGGUCGUGAUGGCGCCACAUCUCUCCCAUCGUCUGGGGGUGUGAUGAUCACAGUUCCGGAUUGGCAAAGCGGGAGUAUAACCCUCGGGCCUUCAUUUCGUCGCUCCAUCAGCGCACAGAAUUCGCCAGAAAUCCGACCAACUUAUCGACGGUCGUUUUCUGAGCACACCAACGCUGAUAGCCGACCUGGUGGCAAGGUUGUCUCAAGUAGGAGAAGCUUGAUCGACUACCAGAAAACUUUGGGCAGCUACGUGAGUUUAAGACCUGAUGCUAAAGCGGAUUUGGAUAAGAAAAUAGACGAAUCAAGUGCGGAGUUGAUCGACAAAGAAUGCAGUUGGGACACCAACGCUGAAGGGGUGAUAUACGCUUUGCCAAACAAGGGGAAGUAUAAAGACUUGAACUUGCAAUUACAAGUGAACAAUAACGGGACGAGGUAUUCUUACGUUUCGGUUCAGGAUACAAAGAACGUCAUGAGUAACUCACAGAAUGAAGCUUUAUAUUCUAACGAUGGGGAGGACGAUUAUGCAAGGAUCGAUGAGUUAUUGGGUGCGGAGAACCUUCUGGCUCCCACAGUGAGUGAAGCUAGCAAUAUAAGGACUUCUCAUAUUGGUGCAGUGCCGAGGGACUCUAAAGUGUACAAUAUGUUGCCGUCUGUCGGGAAAGUGUCGCAGAGGGAGAAAAUGCCGCUGGUGCAGCAUGCGCCCACUCGCGACCACCGAAUGUGGCAGUGCACGGAGUGUUGGUACGCGUACAACCCGUGGUGGGGGCGCUCGUGCGACAUAUGUGGCCAGCCGCGGCCGCCGCACGCGUGUGUCACGCUCUCGCGCGAUGUGUGUGACGCGCCCACGUCCAGCGGCCACAGUUCUCGUCCGGGUCCGUCGUUACUAGAAGCGGGCAGCAGCAAAUCUGGCGACGUGGCUCGCGCUGAACACAAGAAACUGACAGUACCAAUCGCGUCGCUCGACCACGACUUGAAUAGCGAUGAACUGCUGUUUGCUGUUGACUCAACUCCAACGCCCGUUGCAUCAUCAGCCCCAACAUGGUCGUGUGGCCGCUGUACUCUAGUAAAUGAACCUACCGCGGCCGCGUGCGCCGCAUGCGCAGCGUCCCGGCCGUCGCCGCCGCACUUCUGGUCGUGCAGCUCGUGCACGCUAAGGAACCCAGUGUCGGCGAACCUCUGCCUCGCCUGCAAGACGCCCCCGGUACCCAAACACGGAGUGCCCAGCUCCUCUACAGAAGCUAAUCAUGGUGCCACCGGGCGAAGUCCAUCACCAAGAAGAAGUACGAAGCAUACUCCUGCUUUACCCCGACGCGCUGCCCGACUCAAGACCCCUCCGCCCGACCCUAAGCCGGAUACAUCGGAGUGGGCUUGUUCAGAGUGCACGUAUAUGAACGCAGCUGGCACGUUGGUUUGUGAGAUGUGUCAGUCGCCGCGUACAAGACUUCUGCCGGCCGCGCCGCACCAGCCCACUUUAGACGACGAUGAGUCACCGGAGGGGUCAGACGGGGAACGCCAGGAGAGUACGCCGAUGGAAAUACUGCGUUUGAGGGAGGAGAGCCAUGCGUGGACGCAGUGGCAGGAAGUGUUGGCCCAGUGCGCAGCUACCGGCGAGCCGUUCGUGGACGAGUCAUUCCCCGCGGCGCCGCGCUCGCUAUACUACGGGGGGUGCGCAGAGCUGGGCGCGGCGGCGCGCUGGCUGCGGCCGCACCAGAUCCACGUGGACGCUGACCACAGGCUGCCCUGGCUCGUGUUCCGGGAGCCGCGCCCCUCCGACAUAUCGCAAGGUGUUCUAGGCAACUGCUGGUUGCUAUCAGCGCUAGCAGUGUUAGCGGAGCGUUCAGCACUUGUCCGGGGGGUGAUAGUCCGAGGGGAGCCAAGUGUGGGCGCGUACCAGCUGCGGCUGUGUAAAGAUGGCCGCUGGUUGACGGUGACGGUCGAUGACCUCCUGCCUUGCAAUAAGAAGGGACAUCUUGUUUACUCACAGGCGAAAAGAAAACAAUUAUGGGUGCCUUUGAUCGAGAAAGCGGUCGCUAAACUACAUGGGUGCUAUGAAGCUUUAGUUUCUGGUAGAGCCAUUGAAGGUCUUUGCACAUUAACCGGCGCCCCGUGCGAGUCAGUGUCCCUGCAAGCGGGCACGCAAGGUGGGGGCUCCGGGGGCGGCACGGGAGCCCCGCUAGAGCAGCUGGAUCGCGACCUGGUGUGGGCGCAGCUGCUGUCCUCCCGGCAGGCCUGCUUCCUCAUGGGCGCCAGCUGCGGCGGUGGGAACAUGAAGGUGGACGAAGACGAAUACCAGCGUCUAGGGCUGCGUCCGCGGCACGCGUACUCCGUGCUGGACGUGGUGGAGAUCGCGGGCCCCACGCGCCUGCUGCGCCUGCGCAACCCGUGGGGGCACUACACGUGGCGCGGCGCCUGGGCGCACGCCUGCCAGCGGUGGACCGACGACGCCAAGCGGGCCGUGGCCGCCGUCGCCAUCAACGCCGACGCCGAUAGGGACCAGGGCGUGUUCUGGAUCAGCUUCGACGAUGUUCUCAAAUACUUCGACUGCAUAGACAUUUGCAAGGUGCGAGUGGGAUGGCACGAGGUUCGCCUGGCCGGUAUACUGCCGCCCAUGUCUUCAACAAGACAUUUGACUUGCCUCUUGCUGACUGCCACACAGCCUACCGAGGUGGACUUCACACUAUUUCAAGAAGGACAGAGGAAUUCGGCGAAGAGUCAGCGAUCCCAACUGGACCUGUGCGUUGUCGUGUUCAGGACCAAGUCGGGGCCGGGUGCGCAGAUCGGCAAACUUGUCGCGCAUAGUAAAAGACAAGUUCGCGGCUUCGUCGGUUGCCAUAAGAUGCUGGAAAAGGGCUUCUACCUCGUGGUAUGUCUGGCAUUCAAUCACUGGCAUACUGGCUUAGAGCUGGCCGAUAGUUCAGCUUGGCCGCGCCAUGUCCUGGCCGCCCAUUCGUCGAAGCCUCUGGCGGUGGAACGUCCGCCACUGCAUCCUCACAUACUGGCGGAUGCGAUUAUUGGCUUGACGCUGGCUAGAGGACAACGCCAUGAAGGCAGGCAAGGGAUGACUGCCUACUAUUUGACCAAGGGUUGGGCCGGCCUUGUGGUAAUGGUGGAGAAUCGCCACACGGACAAGUGGAUACACGUCAAAUGUGACUGCCAGGAGAGCUACAAUGUCGUCUCUACGAGGGGCGAGCUGAAAACCAUUGAUUCUGUUCCGCCGUUGCAUAGGCAAGUGAUAAUAGUGCUAACUCAACUCGAAGGCAGCGGUGGUUUCUCGAUAGCCCACCGGCUGACACACCGCCUGGCCGCCGGCGCCCGCCUGCAGGACUGGGCCCCCAACGCCGACGACGAGCCGCGGCACCGCCCGCCCCUCGCACGCAGGCUCUACGGCCUUCACGCGCCGCGACUGAUCACAUAGAACACAACUGCAGGCCUAAAGCGGUAAGGAAGGGACAGAGAAGUACAUCCAGCAAGAUGAACUGAGUACCCACACGCCUCACCGAGCUUUCUGUUAGAUCAACGUGAUAGUUGGCGAGCCGUAUCGCCGUCUAUAAUGGCUGAGGCAACUGUGUUAGUGAAAAUUGCACUUACAAUAAAUUGAUGACAUUGACAUUGGUGCAAGUCCGGUACUGGGUUUCGAACCGACGCUUUCUAAUUAAGAAACAAGUCAGUGUAUCACAGUGACUAAUAGUGACGGAACACUCGGACUUCCCUGCAUUGAGUUUACACUUAAUUUACACUAUUACACGUUUUAAGUUUUAUUUGAAAGACUUAGACCUACAUAAGUAAUAAAAAUAGAGAUAAAGAAGUUUGGGCAAGGAAUGAAACGACUUAAGAACGAUUAAAAGGAUUUUUUCAUAUGGAAUGUUAUAUUGAAGUGUGUAAAUAUGAGGCUUUUAGAGUAGGCACAAGUGUCAUAUUGUAGUAUAUUAAGCUUUUCGUUUUUAUGUUGAAAAGUGAAAAUAUAUUGUGGAAUGGAUUUUCAAGUUUUUGUUUUUGACUUUGUAUAGAACAUUGUAUGUUUUUAUACUUAGUUCAAUACUAAUUUCUGUAAAGUGUAAAAACUCGCGAAAGAUUUGAAUAUGCAUUCUACAUUUGUCACAUUAAAAUGUCAUCAUAUCGAUUUCUCUAUUAACUUUGAUUGGCCGACGAAAGUUCGUAUUUUAGCUAGAAUUAUAAGUUUUAUAACUAACGCGAAAUUUGUGCUAAAAUUAUAUAUUUUUAUUUGCAACUCCUAAAAGACAAAUUCGAAUUUAUGUUUAACGGAAUUUAUGUUCCAUUCCAAUAAUACUCAUUAUGUUAAGUUAUUUAAUGAAUUAAUUUUAUAUUUAUACUUAUAUUUUGAUUGUUUUAAGAGUGAUAUUAAAUCUUGCCAUUAAGUUUGCUUUACAACGAUAUACUUAUGUUCAAGCCUACGGAGUACGGUACUACUCGCGGAUCAGACCAACUUUUAGUGGUCAGUUCUACAAAUGUUCGGGUCAGUACCCACUUGUCCCCUAAAAUUUGUCCCCCUGGAAUAAAAGUUGUAGAUUCUGCCCCUAUUUAGGUAUCCAUUGGUCCCCUGGUAGGAGACCAAUCAAUAUUUAAAUAUUUCGCUGGAGUCGCGUCACAUUACAAACUUCAAUGCUUUCAUAUUUGUGGACACCUUUAUGCAGGAGGACUUCUGUCCGAAGGGAGUGGUGUAUCGCCGUUUCCGUGGUAGACUGCCACCAUUUCUUCCAGUGCAGUUCCAGUUUCUCUCUCUCCAGUGCUUAGGGGACAAAUAAAUAAUAUUAAUUUAUUUUUAAGGUACCCACUCGUACCCUGGUAUAUAAGUUACAGAUACGGCACCCGCUCAGGUGUCAUUUAGGGGACGAAUGGGAACCUUAAGUAUUUGAGGGACGAGUGGGCACAGGGGACGAAUUUCGGGGACCAAUGAGUAUUGACCCGUUCAUUGCCUAGUGUAUGUUGUACGCACUCGUCGAGCCGCAAGCGGUCUCGCGGAGCGGACCAUCUUACACUGGGCAACGAAGAAGUCUGUGCAAUUAUCCAGUAUAGAUUGGUCUUACCCGCGCGAGAUUCAGCGUACGCGCUUAGAUAUUGUUGUAAGUAUUCCAUUUUUACCUAAUUCUACAAGUGUACAAAUGUAAGCGACACCGUUUGAAUACGUUUCUUCGAACGUUGUUUUCUCGUGUAUUUUGUAUAUUUUUCGAGAUACCUUUUAAAAUAAUUUUGACAGUGACAGCUGUCAAGUUUGGUACGGGCUUUGAUUUAUUUUGCUAUGUCUUUUGCAAAUAGCAUGGUGCGUAGGAUCGCUGUCACACUCCGGACAAUGCAUACGAAAAUAUAACAUACGAAUAUAUUUUUUAUUAUUAUAGUUUCCUAGGUCAAAGAUAAAUUAUGAAAUUCUGAUUACUAAAUAAAGGCAGAUGGAAAGGUGACAAAAAACGUUUUCAUUUUCUAUUUAACUUAUUUAUCAUUUCUACGAAACAAAAAUGUAAUUUUAAGUGCGACAUUUUGUGACGUUUUUCUAUGACGUCACAGGGUGCUUUUUCAUACAAAUUCCAUAGUAAUUUCGUGUUAUGUCGUUUAGUAAAGUAACUGAUUUGACUAGUUGGAAACUAGCCUAUUCUUACCGUGUGCAACGUAACGAGAAACCGCUCCCCUUAUACACCUUAGCGGCUUAUGACCAUUUAAGACUAAAGUAAAAAUAAAAAACCCAAAGGGGGUGAGGUCGACGCCCGAUACGAAUUGGCGGGCCGGGGGGGAGUUACCGUUCUUUACGCCGCUGUCAGAAUAGCAUAUUUUCUUGUUUCUUUCGCACUAGGAUAUACCGUAUCUUUGUCCUUCCCUCGUACGCACCAUGCCAGAGCUUAUAUAGUGUAAUAGUUUAGAAAAUCCAGUAUUUUUGAGGCCUACAAGGUAAUAAUAAUAAAGUGAAAAAGCGUGCAAUAUGUUCGACGUGAAUUAUUUUUUAUUAUUAUAUUUUUUAAUAUGUAUUUUAUUAUUAAUAAUAGUGGAUGUCUGAGCGGUGGCACUAACUUAUGUUUACUCGAAAAUCCAUCCCAGCCAUUUGCAAAAAAAAAAAAUCAGACUACCCGCAAUUAAUUUUCAGGCACAAAGUAUGCACUGUGUUAAAAUAAUGUAGAUAUUAGUGGACAUAAUCAAUAGAAUAUUUUUAUGUGUGCAAUUGAGUAUACUUUUUACUUCACACGAGUCCGACUCACCCUUGACUGUUUGACCGUCAAAAUCUCAAUAUGUUUAAAAGAGUUCGUAAGGAGUCAAAUAUUUAGAUUUUACUCAAUCGACAGAAUUUUUAAUAGUUAUCAUUAAAACAGGAAAACGUUUCUACAACGAUUCGAUAGUUAAUUUUGUUAAAAUUUAGUUUAUUUAUUUCUUCGAAUACUAAAAACAUUGGCCCCGAUUCCAACUGACAGAAAUUUCUGCCUGAAAUUGAAGAGUGUUCCAUAAAUUUUAUGCCUUUCUUUUUCAGGGUAUAAGAAUUAAUGGAACACACGUCAAUUUUAGGUAGAAAUUUAAAAACCGUCCCAAGAUUUUAUAUUGGCCAAUAACCUGACAGAAUUAAAUUGACAGCCCAAGUCAAACGGGUUGCAUAUCAGCGAUUUUAAAAUUAACCAUUGUCAAUCAUCCGUCCCUUUCCUUUUCGGCGGAUAAGAAAAUUACGUGUAUAACUUGGAAUAAAAUUAGAAGGGGUCUGCAGGAAUCGAGGCCAUUAUUUUACUUAGUUACUAACAUAAAAAGCACUAGCUUCCGAAAUAAAAUAUUUGAAUUUGAAUUUAAUUUUUAUGUAACUUUUAAGAGUUUUUCUUAAAUAUUCGGUGUUUUGUGUCGCACAAAUAUAUGUUCACAUGUGACCCUGUAUGAAAGUUCACGGUAGCACUUAUCGAUGUAUCUCAAAGUUGUAUAAAAGUGUACACAAAUUCAAGCUUUUAUAAGAAACUGUCUGUCAAUAAUACUUUUGUGUAAUUUUCUUUCUAGGUUUGUAAGUAGUUCGCUAUUUUAGUGCCAUAAAUUAAUUAAUGAAAGAAGAUUUGACUGAAACUCUGUUCCUUAUUCAAAGAGAGACAUUUAAUAUGUUAGUAGUUAGUAAACUACAGUAUGUUUCGGAUUUGACUUAACCUGUAUUGGGAUGGAUGUCCCUUCGCGGGUUGGAAGGUCAGACAGGUCGCUUCUGUAAAAAAAACCGGACCUGUCAAAUCUUCAGGUUAGGUAAGCGGACCCUGUGAAAACGGCAUAACCCUACGGCGAUGAUGACGUCAGUUCACUACAUUAUCAGUUUACGUCGUCCGGGGUUCAGUGGUUCAGUGUUAGGCUCACGAUCCGGAGAUCCCGGGUUCGAAUCCCGGUGGGGACAUAUCACAAAAAUCACUUUGUGAUCUAGUUUGGUUAGGAUAUUACAGGCUGUUCACCUGUCAUCAAUAAAAGCGGUCAACCAUUCGCUCAUUGUUACAUAAUUCAUGAAUAGAAUUCGAAAAUAAGUCGAUUAGAAAAAUGAGAUUGAAAAUUUCUCUCCGGACUCGUGGUCACCAGUAUGACAAACAGGAAUUUUUGACACAUUGCUUCAACUUCUAGAUUAGCAUUUUACUUUAUCUUUGACCCAGUGAAAUUGAUACCCUAUUCGUAUAAUAAUACACAUAUGACGUCAUCAAUAAACGUGGUCAUCGUACUCUUAUGUAAUUCUUAAUUUAAAUUCGUAACUCGGUCAAGAAGAAAAUAAGUUUGAGGCUUCUAUUUUUAAAUUA